GUCCCGAAAUUGAAAUCAAUAAAUGGUGUGCGAUGUUGUGUGCACAUGCUAGUCGGAGGUGAUUAUGUCAAAACGUAGCACGAGUUUGUAUUGUUUUUGAUCGUGAGAAAGUGGAAUAAAUGUUUUUUGCCAAAAUGACUGGUAGCACGAAGAGGAAAUUAGCGAUAUUCAUAGGAACGUCCAAAUGUUUAGUUUAUGCAGAAGCCAAAUAUUGUGCCUCUGAAAUGCCUGAACAAGUGAAAUAUUAUGAAUGUUCAAGAAGUGAAUACUGUUGCGCCUUCGGCUGCUGCGUCUCUCCUGGACUUCAUUUUCAUCAUUUAUGGUAUUAUUGGAUUUUAGUUAUAAUUAUGUUUCUGGUGUGUUCCGGAGGUGGUUGGUGGUAUCGAUAUAGGUUACAAGGAAGAUAUAGAACCACUGCAUCCACAAUCCCAAGUAGAUCUUCCAACUCGAGAACGCAAAGCACAUUUCGAGGUCAAGCUUGUCAACCACAACAAGCCCGUAUCUCUUAUAAUUCAGCAAGAAACACCGUCUUAUUACAUCGUAUGUGGAAAGGUCCUCAAAGGAAUGGAACGUCUCCCAAUUUCAACGGGAACGCAACGACAUCGACGUAUUAUCAAAACAUGAAUGUAGUGUUGAACGACACCAAUUGUCCCUACUAUCAAUUAUAUGGUCCACCGCCGAGUUACGAAACGGUGAUCGCUCAGACUCGAGGGAAAGCGUCGUCGACGCCAACAUCACCAGAAGCAAGAGCUACCAGAUUGAAUUUCGUAGCAGGGAGUAAUGUGAUAACGAAUCCGAGCGCGCCUUCAUAUUUCGCUUAUCCGUGCAGUCCAGCGAGAUUAAAUUCUACCAUGAUGGAUCCGGGUUCGCGUGGUCAACAGUCCAUGCAACAGUGUACAAACAGUCCGGUGAAUUCACGACAGAACAACACCGAGGAUUGUAUGCAGGAGAAUGCAGCGUACGUACGUUUUCCGCAGUAUUGUCCGGCGGAGAAUGUUAUCGGUAGCGCUGCCAUCGUCAGACAGAAUUUUUGUGUUUCUCCUUUGAGACAGGAGCGGAGUUCGGAAAUGCUCUCAACGAUUGACACUUCUGAACGUCCGCCAAUCGUUCAUGGUACUUCGAGAAAAGGUAAAACGCUUAAGUCAGAAGUCGAUUCGACCGGCUCGAAAGAACGGAUGAUUUUGAGAGAUAUUUGUGAGGGCGUGGACUGUACGAUAUCUCAGAUGCAUGGACACACGAAGUUCGAAAGUUGUUCCUCAAAAGAAAGAUACGGACAGCAUCGUCAGCAACUAUGGAAAGAGGACAUGAAAGACGAUGACGUAGAUGAAUUUUUCUCGGCCGUUCGUUCGAGGAAAAGGGAGAAAUCGGAUGAGAUCGUCGUUGGCCGGAUUAAUGCUGGUGGAUUGUACAAAUUUGUCGGAAGAUAUGCCACUGGUUCGAAACACGAUGAGGAUAAGGAGGAAGAAGAAGAAAGAGAGGAAGAGGAGGACGAGGAAAAGGAAGUCAGGGAUUCCUUAGAUUCUCACGAAAGGAUCUUCACGCGAACAACUUUUGUUUUGUCCGAGAACGCUAAGGGGGAACAUGAUUUCGCAAAUCGUGUUGUUACGGACGUCGCUACGAGUCCUCAAUCAAAUCCAUCCAAUAAUGUGAUAGCGGGGUCAUUCGUUUCCGCCGCGAGACAUUUCGACGCGACGAGAACGAUCAUCGACUCUGGUUUUGAAAGUAAACGUAGAUUAGACAGGUCAAAGUCGUUAGAUUAAAUACCGCGUCUCUUUUUAUCUGCGCUCCGAUGAAUGAUUCCUCGUCAAUCGAUCGAUCGAUCGAUCGUUUAUUCAUGUAUACGCUGUUCGUUGUGUCUGAUUGAUCCGUCCUCCAUGUGGAAAAAAAGGAUGCAUGUGUUGAAACCGUUCAAAGGAAUCGCUUACGUCGCAUGUGCCGGUAAAAUAGAUAUGACUUUCGAAUUUUCUAUUAUUUCAAUUAUAUACUACGUACUAGGAUAACACAGAAGUGUUUCGUGUUGUUUCUUCAUUUUUAUGCAAACUCGUACAACUUUGUGCAAACUCGCGUAAAUGUUUAUGCAAUUAUUUUUAUUUAAUGAUUUUUCUUUUCUCUAAUAUUCUCAAACUUUAUUGUUGAUGAAUUUCUCAUUUAUUUUCUUAUUUCAUAGUUUUCUUCCGUUUAUCGUUAAACAUUUAAAAAGAUGCAUAUUUAUGACCCAUACAUAUAUAUUACAUACAUAUUUCUUAUUCUAUAUUACUGGGUGUGUGAUAUAUUAUGUUAUGUGUAUUUGGCUCGUCAAAUUCCUUUUUUCUCAACAAAAACUGAAUGUAAAACUUGUUUCUCUCUCUCCCUCCUCCCCUCUCCCAUCUCCUCUCCAUUUUUCUUUCUCUAUUUUCGACUUUACAAUUGAGUUAAUUUUUUCUUCUCAUUCAAAGAUUCCGACGACGUAUUACAAGUUAUAAGCGUAACUUUUUCGACUUUCGGACAUAAAUUUAUUCUUACAUAGAUAUUUUACCUUGUGCUUAGGACAUAGUCCAGUGUGCCCGUGCAAACGUAUGUAUAUAUAUUGUGCAUAGAUAUAUACAUAUAUAUGUAUAUAUAUUAAACGUGUGAUAUUUAAAACACGUUUUUGCUAUAGUUUCUUUUCCGAUAAAAUAUAUAACAAAUUUCAAUCGUGACUUUACUGGCUUUCUAAUACGAAAUUUUGUCUUUACGAUUUACGAUAUAUACGAGACCACUGCCUCUAGUGAUAUAUAAGAUCGGUGCGAAUUAAUAAGCUACGUACAAUAUGUUUUGUAUAAGCUCAUUCACGACUUGUAUAAUAGUAUACCGUUAUGUUAUUUUUAUUUCCCUUAAAACUCAUUGUGAUCAUGAACAGUUUCGUUGUAAAUAAUCGGCAAAACAUUUCCGCUCGCGGUGGUAGUUCUUUGCAUUACACAAAAUGUUCCUUUUGCUUAUGCGGAGCUUCCGCAUUUUCAAGUUGAUGAUUAUUCAUUCGAUUUACGCACAAAGUGAAGAAAACAAAUGAAAGAAGAAAAGAUGUCGAUCUUAUAUUUAGUCCAUUUCACAUUCUAUGUCGAUGUGAUAAAUGUCAUUUUUCUAAUCUUCUUCGUUGCACAGUUCGUUACACUUUAUGAAACAGAUAAAUUUUAAAUAUUAUAUAAUAUUUGAAUCCAUAGGAUAAUUUACAAUGACUAUCUUGUCGUAUUUUUUAAUAAGAACCAAUAAAAAAUAAUAUAUAUAUUAUAUUAUAUUAAUAUUCGUAGACGUCGACGAUGGACAAACAUCCGACGACGAUGUCCGUUUCUAAUCGGGCUCCUUAAGAGAGUUUAGUCUUUACCAAUAAUGCACGUUAUUGCAAUUUCAGUAUUAAGGACUAACGAAAGCACAGUAAACAAUCAAUUAUCGGAAUAUAUAAACGUUAAACCGUAAUUUUAGCGAAAGGAUUUCUAGUUUGCUUGCGUUAUUAUACGUAAUACGACGCAUAACGACGAUACGGGAAAUUAAUAUUGACGAAAGCUUCCAACAAGAAACGAUCGUACGUAUGUAUGUAAGUAUGUAGAAAGAAAGAACAGAAUAUGAUCGGGACAAAGAUGAAGAUACGACGAUUAUUAUUCGAUCGAUUAUACGGGUCCCAGUACGUUUUCUUGUAUUAAAGUAACGCACGUUCUAUUUCUUACUCGCUUAUAUAUCCUUACGAUAUCCUAAUCGAUAUAAGAUCGCAAUAAACAUACGAUUGCGUAACGUUAACGCGACGAUCAUUAUGUAUUAUUGCUGAGGAAAGAAAUAUAAAAAUUGAUUAUUUUAUUAUAUAUACAUACACAUACAUAUAUAUUGUAUAUCAAUACGAGGUACGCUAUUAUAAAAUAAGUAUUACGUUCAUCAGGGAAUACACCUAUUAGGUGUGUAUAUCGUGCGAUGCCAGAAAAUCUGUUUCUACAGUGCCACGUUCCGCCAUAUUUUGUUCUCUUUUAUGAAAAUUCGAAAUGGAACUUAUAGAGAGAAGUAAGAGAAAUACAAAAGUAGAGAGGAAAAGGAACAAGAAGAAAGAAACGCUAUGCCACUGUCUGUAACUAAGUUCUCAAACGUAAUAGCGGUCCAAGAUAAGCGUACAUACGUGCCAAUAGCGUCAAAUUCGUUUAGAUAAGAAUGUAAAAAAAAGCGAAUAUAAAAUAUGAUAUAUAUAUACACACGCAUAUGGACAGAAACAUAGAUACAUAUAUAAACACACACAAUCACGCAUGCAAAGGUAUAUACGUAUAUGCGUGCAUAUAUAUAUAUACAUACAUAUGCGUGUGCUAUAUAUAGAUAUGAAAUAUACAUACACUAUUUUUUGUAAUUGAUCUUAAUUUAUUAAAGUGAAUCUGUCCACCGAGGUAACACGCGAAAAAAGCAUUAGCGUAAUUGCGUACGGCGCCUCGUAUUUGGUCAGGAUCCCUAAAGAUUUCCAGCAUCACUAUAUUUUAUGUGCGUACAUAAUCUAUGUGUUAUAACGAUAGCUUUAAAAAGGAUAAACAAAAAGCAAAAAAAAGGAACACCAAAUCUAGAUCCGAUCUUCAUCGUAAUGUACAAAAGUCGCGCGAUGUAUCACACGAAAGAAGUCUACUACAAAUGCGAAGAAAUGAAAAGAAGAUAGGCGAAACAAAAGCAAAACGAAGUAAAAAUUGUAACUAACAUGGAAGGACGUCUUCAUGAAAUAAAAACACGAAAUAUUUA